AAACCACUAAGAAUGUGUAACUGGCGCAUUUGUCUGCAGAUCGUGCUAUUUCUACUGAUUGUCAUAUGGGCGUUUUUUUGCGUCAAACUGUUCCUUGACCAUUUUAAUAGAAGUGAGAAAAGUGACACAAAAGAUACGAGGCAAGACUCGGAUAAUUAUGUUCAAAUAGCCCGAAAUCAAGUGUUCGACAAUAGAUAUAACAGCCGUCUGAUGGACUUCAUCAGGAAGAGGAACAUGGACCGCGGUCAGCGACUCGAACUUAAACAGCGCCUGAUAAUCGCUCGAAAUAUUGUCGAACAGUCUGCGGAAGCAUCCGACGCCGAAAGGACUGCCGACAUUCGCCUGGUGGACGCGAAGGACUCUCUGCCCAUUCGCUCAGGGGAAGUCAUUGAGGCAAACGAACUGGUUGCUGCUGAUGACUACAAUAUGGCGCACUUUAGCGAAAUUUAAUUCAUAUUUUUUGACCUACAUAUGUAUUAUUUUAAAUAGUUGUCACGAAAUUCAAAAUACUUUAAAUGCACAGCUACGAUAGGUUAGGUUAGUCAGAUGAGAGAGCCCGUCACUUGACCCAUGUUUAACUUAUUGUGCUACCUUGUCCCUUCAACCGCAUUAUACAUCGCAUUGGAGGCACCAUGUUCCAUCCCGUGGAUUGGCU